CGUUUGUGUUAAUACUGUGAACAUUUCGUGCUCUAGGGGGCAUCAUCAUGAAGUACUCAGUAAUUCUCAUCCUUCUUGGGUUAUUGGCCCUAACUCAAGCCGAAGACGACGAAACGAUGGCGUUGGUAAGGUCAUGUAAGACUAUACAAAGAUUUUCAUUUCAACGAAUUUCUGAUUCUUUUUUUUUUGUCCCAUGUCAGUUGUUGCUGGCUCUCAUUUGUAUCUCAAUUGUCUUAAAAAAAAGACCAAAUGACCAAUGAUCGAAGGCUUAAAUUGUGGUAUCCCUUAAAUAAUAUAAAUUGUCUUAAGAAAGCUAUUUCAGCACAUUGAACAGCCACAAAAGUUAUGGUUCUUGUUGUUAUUUUUCUUUUUCUUUUAUUUUGAUAAGUGACAUCGCUACACAGUCCACCUGUACUUUAGGUUAAUAAAUUAUCAUAACCAGUGGUAAAUAUGUCAACCAAGUUGACCAUUUCUUUUGACCAAUUUAUUCAUUUUGCCCUUUUGGCCUACUGAAUUUACUCCAACUCUAUCUUUUCAUUAUGCAGAAAUUUCUCAACCAAUACCACUACAUCUCGACAUCGAGGUCUGGCAAUCACAAUGUUGAGUUAGCAAUCAGACGUUUUCAGCGAUUCGCUGGUCUCAAAGUAACUGGAAAACUUGAUCGUGCCACCAUCAUGCAGAUGAAAAAACCGCGAUGUGGAUUGCCAGAUGACGAAGAAGAGGGUGGUCGCGUGCGACGAUACACAACUGGUGAUAGUUUUUGGUUAAUUAUUGCAAUUGACGUUAUGUGUUUACAUAUCACAACUCGUCUUACCUUAACCAAUACUCUAUUCUUUAAAGGAAAAGAUGAGUGUAAGACAAGGAAAGAACCUAAAUACGUAUGAGAAACACAUGAAGUGUCAAGUAUUCGCCCCUUUUAAUUUCAAAAAACGAUAUCAAAAUAAAAGAAAGAAAAUUAAAAAGAAUAAAUGAAUAGAAAUAACAUCUAACAACAGAGAAGUGUACGUCUCUAGUGAAUUUUUGCUUUUUACGACAAUAUGCACUUUUUUAAAUAACGGACAGCCACAUCUUAUCAAAUACUAAAUACAUUUUUUUUGUUUUCAUCCCUAUCAUGCAGGCCCCAAGUGGAGCAAAAAAAGCUUGACUUAUUUUGUCGAGUAUGGUGAAGACCUGAGUCAUGACCAACAGGACAGUAUUUUUCAAAAGGCUUUGAAGUAUUGGUCUGAUGUGUCUGGAUUGUCAUUUAGCACGGCUAGCAGUUCCUCUGCUGCCGACAUCAAAAUAAGGUAGCAAUUGCUUUUACAAAACACAUUUUUUUGGAUGAUGGUGUUUCUAUGUCUUAAUACCUAUAAAGACAACAAAUGUAGUCAGUUGUGAUGUAGUUCGUUAUCGAUGGUCCGUUUCAUAUUGCUAGCUUCAUCGGGCGAUGAGGUCGACUUUCGGUUAUUAUUAUUAUUAUUAUUAUUAUUAUUAUUACAAGUGAUGCAGGUAAAAUUAAAUUAUAAUUUGUUAUGAGAACAAAAAUAUUUAUAUACAUGUAAAUACAUGUAAAAUAAACGUAAAGAAUAAUAUCAGAACAGGAGAGUUAAGUCAGCAUGUUUCAGCUGCUUAUUUAAAGUGGGAUUCUAAUUCUUUUACACUAUAUAAAGCUCCGAGUUUAAACCUUAAAAUAAUUUGAUAAAAAAGGACUAGCUUUUUCGUCUUUUUCAUUCAAAACGCUUUGUCACGUGACUGAUGACGUCAUGUAGCUCUUUUGGUCAUGAAAAAAAUUAUCAGAUAGAACAUUACUUUCCUGCAAAUUUUCUCUGCCGUGUGAUAAAAGGUUGACUCUCUAAGGCCCCUGGCCUAGUCUCCCGACUUUUUCGCUCAUGAUCAUUACGCCCUUAAAUUUUAAAUACCGGACUUCAACUGAUUAUUUUUAAUUUUACUCGUUAAUGGAAUCUUGUCACAGCAACAACAACAACAACAACAAAAAAACAGUUCGGAAAUAGUUACGUGACUGACGACGUCAUUACCUUAGAUGCGACAUGGGAGGAUAUUUUAUGGCAAAAAAAUGUCAAAGUUAUAAAGCUUUUUAAAAAAAAUGCCUCAAAAGAUUCCGGGAGUUCUUUUUUAUCAUAAUUAUGAUUUAGUUUUAUAAUAAUUAAUACUAAUACUCAAAUAUACAUUGCACCACAAUCUUCAAAAACUGAACACUUAUCGCUCUUUAUAAUGAUGUUCGAAACAUCAAAACGUCAAGUAACGCUCUUAAGUUUAAUUUUUCAGGUUAAAUGCUUCAAAAAGCAACUGACUAUCGGAUCUCGCACUGCUCAUUAUUGUGAUUUACUUAUAAUACAGUUUUGGUGCUGCCACUCAUGGCGGUUCAAGUGAAAGCACCUGCCCAUACCCUUUCGAUGGUGAAAAUGGAGUUCUGGCGCAUGCGUACUAUCCAUCGGAUGGUCGCGCACACUUUGACGAAGACGAAGAGUUUACUGACAACACCCCACAAGGAAUUAACCUACUUUGGGUCGCCACUCACGAAUUUGGUCACUCACUCGGUAUCGGUCAUUCUGACGUUAAAGGUGCUAUCAUGUACCCUUACUACACAGGGUACGUGGAAGGCAUGGAGCUUCACUCUGAUGACAUUGCUGCAAUCCAGUAUCUUUACGGUAACGUACUGGAAUUUGUUUGUUUGUUUGUGUGUUUUUUUCCCCCUUGCUCAUGUUCAUAUUUUUUUACCACAACCUUAAUGCCUUGCGACAGUUGUUCUAUUACUAGACCAUACAUGGUAUCCACGGGGUAAAGAUGUACCCAACAAUGAAUCCCUCGAUAUAACAAACAGUUUUCUUUAUCCCAGUGUUAGUAUUAAGGAAAAGAAUCUCGAUAUAACAAAACAUGGUUAUAUAGCAAAAACAUUUGCCAGUCUCUUGGGCAUUCGUUUAGACUAAGAGUAGUCCCCAUUUUUCUUCAGGGAUAUAGUAGAGCGAGCGAAAAGCAAGCGCGCGUUAAGUUUACCUUACGCGAGAAAGGCGAGACGCGGCGGGGAGAGAGAGAAAUGAGGGACUACAGACAAAGUCCAAGCGUUUGACCCUUCACGGCCGACUGAUUUUGGAGUGUGAACUUGGUAUCCCUUCCAAAUCAAUUAAGCGCAUCCAAUGGCAUUCCUUCUCUCAUUGAGCUGUUAUUGCACUUGUUGUCGGUAAACUGCUGGGGAUAUUUAUUUCAAGUAAAAGAAAACCCAGAUACUAAGAUUCUUGGCGGCUGUUUCGCGUGAAGAACUUGAUAGUGAAAAAAAAAAGGGUGUCGGUAGUUAACACACGACUUUCACCUCAUGCCAAAAUGCAGCUCGUUCCAAUGAUUUUUUUUUUCUCUGACGGGUAGAUUAUGCUCUGGAGGAAAACGUUUUGAUUGAGCAAAUGUGAUUUUUGCCGCUUAUUUCAUACUGUGAGGUCGUGACACGCAUACUAAUUUUCUGCGGUUAUAAUUAACUCUCUAAUGCAAGAGCAUUUUCUUUGACCUCUUUUGAAAAGUAAAGCUCUUCAAUGUAGCUAAAUGUGUGUUUAGGUUGUUUAAUUUCUCCAAAGUGCCUUCUGGAUCUGAAUAGCUAUAAGUGAUUCUCGAUUUGUCUUUGAAUGUGACGGUUUCCUGCUAUGUUUCGUCACGCUGAACCCAGCUCGUCAGCGUUUUUAAAAGGAUGUUAAAUUCUCACGUAAAUUGUGAUUAUGUCGAGUGUUGAUAGCGGCUGGUGUGUUUUUUGACAGAUGUUGACAGAUAGCCAUGGAAGAGCCACCAGAGUUUUGCGUUGUGAGAGCAACGUAUAUUAAAGUUCAAAAGCUUGGGCUUUAUCUGCAGUCCCUUAUUUUUCUCACUCCCCGCCGCGUCUCGCCUUUCUCGCGUGGGGUAGUUUUCACUCGCGCUCGCGUCGUCUCGCUCAUCUAUCCCUGAGGAAAAAUGGGACUACUAACAUUCGUCAUAUCUAGGUUCCACUUCUGCACCACGGUCAUUCGUGUGCUUGUAGAGAACAAGUACAAUUAUAUAAUGUAUAUAAAUCCCUGUUCGUGACCUGAUUUAACAAGAGAAACGUCGGACAUAUCGUUCUUCUUCCUGUAAAUGGGUAAAUUGAUUUCAAAUGACAGUGGGCUUUAAAGGGCACAAGCUUUUAAGUUUCCAACAAUCCAACAUAAUUUUUUUGCAAAAACUGCACAUUUAAUAAAUCGACAUCAAUAUUAAGUGUCUCUUCUGGAAAAAAAAUAAAAUAAAAAAUAAUCUCCAACAAUUGUAUUCAAUAAUCCCUAAGUACCUAUACGAGCGGGUAUUAAGAAUUUUUAUUGUAUUUAAGUGAAAAAAAGGUCAUUUCUUCCAACAAUGUUAUGAAACAAUACGUUUCUACUCACACAACAGAAUGAUUCUCGAAUUAUCGGGACUCAUGUCAACCUUAAGUUAAGCGUCCUAUAAAAAGUAACUUCUCUCCAUACGCGGUUCUGUAACACCAAGUUAAUAUCUGCAUUUAGUAUAGCUUUUAAUAAACGACUUUUUUUCAAGGUGCAAGCUAAGCAGUCGUGGCGGUGGAGGAGGUGAGAAUCUGGGAUGAAAUCUGAAAUACUUUUAAGUGAAAAUACAUGCAAAUACAGCUAUUUCGAGAAAGGUUGUCGGAAAAAUUUGCACGCGACAAUCCCGAAAGGUAAUACGGGAUAUGAUCAAUACAGUGCUCCUGACGAAGUAGCUGUCAAAUCCACUUUUGUUACUUUCCUAUAGUUUAGCUCCCGCAAACAUACGUUCAUGGGCUCUCGUGCUAUUAUUUUAUUUUUCUUUGAAUUGGAAAACAGUGUACUCAAAACCACCAACAAUACCUUUGGAGAUUGACGCGUGCACUUUUUCCUCCAACCUUUCUCGAAAUAGCUGUGUGCACAAAGUCACAUCCUCAACGGUUACUACGAGGAGUGGACCUUUACUUUUCAUUACUUCUCGCGAGUGUACAUCUCCUUUCUUUUUCAUUUUUUUUCUUUUUUAGGCCUGAAGAAAAGGAACCUUUAUUGUUGUUAGUUGCAUGUUUAGUUUAUUGUUUAAUGGGUUAAACGCCUAAACCAAUUCAUAACUAAUAUACUUUAUAACUAAAUGCUUUAAAAAUUCCCUUCUAAACGGAAGAAGUAUAUGUUACAAAGCAUCAUUUUAGCCCUCGGACAUACAGGGCGGGGGAGGGAUUGGGGUUUGGGAGGUGUUGCUCAAGUCGUUUGUUUGUAGUUGUUGUUUCGUUAGGGUCUUGUUUCGUGUUUUGACUGUCAGUUGUCAUCAUGGGCUACUUGACAUCACAGUGAUGUAUUUUGUAUGUUACCAGAACUGCUAUUCAUAGUCAAUCAUCUAUUUGCAGUGCAAUAUUCGAAGGAAAUCACAAAUGGCCAAGGUUCCCUGACGCUGCAAGCAAUAUCGUUAUUUUGAUUUAUGUAGAUUGCGGAUUAGACUAAAUAAAGAAUUCAUUGAAAACCAAAUACUCGUUGUUUUCCUCUGCUGAUAUUAGAGACCUUUAAGAUACACCGUUUCUGAGGUACUGGUAGAUGGCCUCUUACCCAAGAGAAACUGGUAGGCUACCGGAUAGAGCGGUGCUGCUAUUGUCAUAUCUGGGACUUCAUCGGGCCACCUUUUGUAUAACUGCGUGGCAUACAUGUUCACCCACCCGUACCCGUAGGCAGGAACGGUGUACCUUAAAGUUCCCUUUUUCCUCUGUAAACGACGGGGGGAUUUCGUGUUGAAAAGCUUUUUAUCAAAGGAAGUCAGAAAAACAAUUUCAUGCAAGCAGGGGAAGUCAAGUGGUAUAAAUACACCUUCACCUUAGCUACAUGUAUCGUCGUCAUCAUCAUCAUCAUCAUCAUCAUCAUCAUUAUCAUCAUCAUCACCAUCAUCAUUAUCGCCGUCGUCGUCGUCGUCGUCGUCGUCGUUGUCGCCAUAAUUACCAUCAUUAUCGUCAUCAUCAUCCUAUCAUAACUACCAUAAACACUAGUCAUCUUCCUCGUUUGGCUGACUUCUUCCAACCACACACUACAACAAUUGUUUGUUCCUUUUUACCAUAAAUUGAGCUAAAUAACAACAACGAAGUUUACUCUUGAUGUGAUAGCUACAAUCAACAACAAAAUUAAUGGAGGCACUUUGCUCUAAGGGGCCUUUCUGAUGAUUUACCGAGUUAGCUUUAAAAGGGGAAAAAUAAACCUUUCCCCUCCACAUCUCCUUCAUGCAAUGUUGUACCGGUGCUUGAGCUAAAUGUAAAUGAUGUAUAAAACAAAAACUUUUCCAAACUUUGAAUGCAGGGAGGAGGGGAGGAGGUGUGGAUUGUUUACCUGUAAUUUCUUUAUAUUUAAUGCUGAUGUCAACUAGCUGCCUGGCUUCACUAGCACCUAUGGUUAUUCCAUUAGUCAGUACCCUAAUUUGUCUUCAAUAUUUUUCUUGUUUUAUUUUUUUGUAGAGCAAGAGUGAGUACAAAUAAGUAUUGCUGUUGUCCUCUGAAGUUACCCAAUAUGAGUACAAUGUCUCAACAAUUAUUUUUUAAUUGUCGCCUAUUGUAGAUCAUUGUAGCUUAAACGUCCUUUUUCCACCCUUUCGUCAUAUUUUCAUGUUCGAUUCAUUACAAGGUUAUAUCCCUCUUCUGAGGGAUAUACGGAAUUGAAGUAUCAAUCAACGGAUGAUUUGGGUACCGAUUCUUGUAAACACAACCAGUUUUGAUUUUUUUUGAAAAAAAAAAAAAUGUAAUCAAAUUAUGCCCAGACUAUAAAUGUCACUAUGUCACUGUUCUUGAUAUGAUCUUCAUUCCAAGUGAUAAAAGAACUUAUUUGCGUAAACACAAAGAAUGUAUCCGCCGCGCCUGGACACUUUGGGAUACCCUAGCUUAUGGCACCUCUUAGGACAUAUCUCCCGCUUUCUUCACAAACUAGGGGUCCGCCACUGUCUCCAUUGCACCCACUUGCUUUCGGAUCCCCAGCGCAAAGCAUCGACUCAUCAUCGAUCGACUGGAAAUGCGAGUUUCCAUUUGAACAUGUCGAGUGGUUCGCCGUUAGCAGUUGAGCUUGUUGCAAAAUGACCGGUAUAGAUCCUCCGUAAACUUGUACCCCCCAACCUGCAAAAUGAGUUUUUGUCUUUUAUUUUCGUUUAUUUUCCUUUAUUUAUGUCUUUAUUGAUUUCACUUACUCAAAAGUACCUUCAAAAUUUUUAUACUUUUGCAAUUAAAAGUUUGUUGAAAUGAUAUAACUAGAUCUAACAGAAACAAAGUAAGUUAGUUUUUGAAGUCGUACAUCAAACACAUCCUCGUGGAAAUGUUUUCUUUAAUUACAGAAAAUAAUUAGCCUUCUCCGGUGGACAGAAACCCUUUUCCCUUUUUGGGGAAUUUUCAGCUUGCACGAUUUUUUUUUUCGUUCACUGCUUGUGCAGGAAUUUUUUUUCAGGUGAACUCCUCUGCACGAAUUUUUUUUUUUCAGACAAAUAUUGCUUUUUUUUAACAUUGAAAUCUUGAUUCAUUAUCUAUGUUUUUGUGCUUUAAAAAUUAUUCUACACUCACAACAGAUCAAAGGAUACAGGCCACUUUAAUGCAAAAUCUUUAAUAUUUAUAUAUUACAAAUUUUAUUUUAUUAUUUUUAUUAUAAUACAGUAUACAGUGUAUGUCGUAGGUACACUAGCUGCAAUUUAAAACAAAGGUUCUAAUUGUCUCCUUUGAAUAAGAAGAAAGUGAUUUUUGUUUAUUCAUAUUGUGCCUGGUAAUAUUGUUGAUUUCUGAAACUCAGACUUUCUGAAAGAAACGCAGGCUUUCUAAAAAAACUUACAAUUGGACCUUCCUUCUGCAUGGAUUUUUUUUUUUCUUUAACUUCUUCUUUGCAUGAAUUUUUUUUUUCUUGGCAUUUUCCCUUGCAUGAAUUUUUUUUUCCCCACCCCAUCACUUUUCUAAUGGUCCGUCCCUAAGCUUUUUUUUUUUCUCCAAUUUUACAUGUUAGUCGGGAAAGAAUUAAACCUCGCGCCUCUCAUGCUUAGUCCCAAAGAAAACUUUGACUUCGGAUGCGCUUUUUUUAAAUCUGUUUAGGUUGCCCUUCCGUGAUUAAAGAAUUAAAUAAAAAAGAAUACUGCUUCUGAAUUAAGUUAAAGUGUAGUUUGUUUGGUAAACUGUUGGGAAUUUACUUGGCUUAACCUCGAUCUUCCAGACGCUCAUUACUAAUUUGUUUAUUAAGUUUAUCAACUUUUUUACAAGCACCACGAGACAAACUCAAAACAAGACUAGACCGUAAUUUCCAAAUUUUUCUCAUUCAUCGAAGUAUGGUAAACAUAGAUCGAUCCGUUUUCACGUGCCUGACAAGAACCAAUCAUGAACCGCGCUUUGCUGGAGGGCGUCAUAUUUCAAAUGGAAAAUACCGUGAGCAUUAUUCAUUCUAUAGAAAGUACCGUUGCGAACGAUGAUGUGAAUUCUAGCGAAUUAUUAUAUGCUCCUUCGGUUGCCGUUCAGUUCGUUUUGCCAUUGCACUGUAUUCUUGGCUUACUGACAAACAUUGCGGAACCUUCGCACGAAGAAAUAACAAACCAGAAAGGUAGGUGUAAGAUUAUUUUGGCUUGAAGCACGUUGACACUUCAGUUUGUAAUUUGUAUUCUGAAAUUAGCCCUUGCAAGAUGAACUACUUCUGCCUUCAUUGGAUGAUUUUGCUCCGUAGUUAAGAAGCUUUUGAUACUUACUACAUUUCUGUUGCAGAAAAUACUACAUGAUGUUGAAAAAUUAACUCCUGACUAAAGAUGUCGACCACAUGGCGAACGGCCCACUCGAGUUUAUACACGUGACAAUAAAUAAUUUACAGAAUUCCGUCAAGCCUAUAGCUAGCAAUUUAUUUUAUGUCUUAGCUUCAGAUCAUGUUUACUCUCAGUUGUGUAGGAGCUGCUCGUAAGGUCUCUGCUUAAUGGUUGCAGAAAACAAUGACAUGUCAUUCUUUCAAUUGUAUUAGCGGGGCCCUACGCACGCGAAGCGCGCAGGGCGGAGCACCAUGGGUAAGAAAAAUUGGUAAACUAUCCAUCCGAGAAAUUUUGGUUAUGACGUCAGCGUACGUCUGUCCGUGCGGAUUCUCCUGAUAAAGGAAAGUAGAAGCGAAUCCCUCUCCUCUCCCGUAGAGAGUUUUGUCUCCUAUUGUUCAAAAGGCUUUAGAAAUGAUUGCAAAUCAGAACUUCAACUGAGCAAAUGUUUGGUGGAUCUUAGGGGCCGACUAUUUGAGUUUUGAGGGGUUUAUAGGUGAUUUCAGAAAAAAAUAUUCUGCAGACUGAUUUCGAGAGAGAAAAAGCAUGCAAAGAAAUUCCUGGGAAAGACAAUAUCCUGCACUGAAAAAGAUAUUACUCAUGACGCAUAAUGCUGAAAAAAAUAUCUUACACCGUCAUAUGAGGGGAAAAAAAUUCUAACUCCAGAGGUUUGGGAAAAAAUGAUUACCUCAAAAUCACCCAUGUCCCCCUCCUCCACAAACGUCCAAUGGUCAUGUUGACCAUUUAGCGGGGUGGGGGAAGAAACGGAUUUGACACCUCAGUAAAUGUCAUCCAUCAAAAAAUGCCGGGCUGGCGCGCCCAUCAAGUGGUGGUUUUCAAGACUAAAGUUUUGCAUUUCAAGAUUGAAAAUACGCCGAUAAAAGACACAAGUGGAAAGAGAAAGUUCAAUGGAAUGCUAAGUUCCUUUUUGGGGACAAACGAAAGCUUUUCGCUAUUCAAAUUGUCUUUCAACGAAUUCGACCUUGUUUCUGCACGCCGGAUCAUAACGCUUGGCUUGUUUUAAACCAACCAUGGCAGCGAGGAUUCUGAAGAAACUUGAGGCAUGUAUAUUCUGUACUCUAUGGUCAAGAAACUGUAGAUUUUUAAUUGGGAAUUUUUGAAUUUAUAAAGGUUUCAUGUACGUUUUCUACAUUUGAACAUCGGCGUGAAAAGAAAACCAUAAAAUGUUCAUUUGAAAUUGAUUUUUUGCCAUAUGCUCAGCCUAUUUAACUCGCGUCAACGGAUCGACUACCCAGGUUUUGUUACGCGAAUUUCUUUUUAGGAUUAACUUAUGGGUUUUUGAUUAAAAAUUUUCAAGAAAUUAAGUUAUUCAUCGGUCAUUGUUCUUUCAUGACAUUAGCAAAAAAAAAAACAAAACAAAAAACAACCGUUAGAUUUUUAGAAACACUUCAGACGGGCUACUCCCCUAUCUUGAAUUAAGACUGAAGUGCUGUUUUUGUACAUGUUCUAUUGAUUGCUGCUCAUUUUCUUUUUCAUUACUUGCCAUUUAAGAAUUUUGCAGUGUGUAGAAUUAAAGAAUUUCUGCAGUUUUGCAGUGUGCUGCUCUUUUUCGAUCACUCGUGAAUACCGCUUGAAUGAAGCUUACUGCGUUUGUUUUCAGUUGUUUGUUUACGGCUUUAUUAUCAUCGCUGAAAAAGUGAGCUUAUCUAAAAUAUGAAAGAGUUCUCCUCUAUUCUUACGACAGACUAGUCGGCUUUUCGAGCCCGUGUUUGUCUGUAUUACAGUUAGUAGCGUAAAAGGUUAUCUUUUGCUUUCCUAUGUCUGUCCUCAAAGAAAAUGUUAUACACCUUACGUAAAAAUUUCCUUUCAGAUAUCGUGAGGUAUAAAUGUAAAGGCUACACAUAACUGUGCGUCCGCAAAGUUACAAAAAGAAAAAUAAUAAAAUAAAAUAAGAAAACAGAAGAAAAGAAAAUAUAAUGGGCUUACGGGAAGACAAAAGUUCCUAGGUCGGCCUGAUUUUCCUUUUAGGUCUUCCCUUUAAGACAGAAAUACUGACCCUAGAAAUCGUAACCUGUAAACUGCUGUUAUUGAAGAGACCUACAAGUUCACAAUUUGUUCGAGUCAGGUCUCUUUGCGGAAUAUUUUCCUUUAAUCAUUUAGCCCCAACCUUCAAAAGGUGAACUCAUGCCGCAGGCUCCUACAGUUCAAUUAAUAUGGGUGUGAAGAUUUCUUUUCUUGACUUAGAGUUCAUGUUAUUACUUUUCAAUUUGAUUGCUUUUAUCAUAAGUAUAGAAACGGAGGCUUCGCUUUUAUCCCUGGCUAAAUCUAUAUAUUAGUAUUGUUUGGGCUUAGGGUUAGGCACCAUUGGUGACUUCUCUUCCGGGUUUAGUGGAUAAUGCUGGGUGCGGGGUGCCUGGGUGCCGGGGCUACGGUGUCUUGGGGUCUAUGGAAAAGACGGGGUCCCGGGGUCUAGUGUGGAAAAGACUGGGUCCCAGGGUCUGUUGAAAACACGGGGUCUGUCGUUUUUGUGACUACAUGACCAAAAUACACAACAUAUAAACGUUUUUCACUACACUGGUUUCAAAACAAACUGACGAAAAUUUGCAAUAAAGUUGCGGACUCCGAGUUUUUCUACGGCAAGGAACGCGUGCACGAGAAGAAAGUUUCCCGACUGACCAGUAUGAAUAUUUUUCCCACGAGAAAUAUGACUUUAUAAACCUUCCGAAAAGUCUAUUGACAUUUUGUCCGUGAAGUGGGAAAAGUCGCAUUUUCCGUUAAACGUACUUCUGUGAAUUGCAUCAAGCUUUGUGAGGCCGGCGUGGCCAUUAAAAUCCCGCAACCCUUAAAACUGUUCAUUCUCAACAGGAUACUUUGAAGUUACUCCGAGCUUCAGGUGGCGAGAAAUGGGGAAUAAAAGAGAGAUUGAAAUGGGAGUUUUGGAUCAGUGGAGCAGCCAAAUAUUUUCUGGAAAACAGAAAAGUAGUCGUAAAACGAUUUUCUGGUGAAGGGAAGGCCUUCAACAAAGCCGGGAUCGGAUCGGAUUGCAGAUCGGAUCCAAUCCGGACUGGUAUGUUCGCUUUUGGUGCAGAAGAAUUAUUUUGAGAAAAGGUGUUUUUAAUAAUCCGAGUUCUGACAACAGGAUUCUAACCUAUGUCUAGUUCCGACAAGUUUGGACUAGCAACCGGUUCGACUCGGAUUUUUUCUUCCGAGCCGCCUGUGUUACUAAUUAAAAAAAGAAUCGUUUGUCAUGUAUUACCAGGCUUAAAAUUCACCAUCAGCUUGAAAAUCAUCGCAAAGCAUUAUUUUCAACUGAAUUGCACUGGGGAAUUUUCUGUUGCAUAAUUUCAUACGAUUACAAUUCCAAAAGGAGGCUUGAUCACGUGACAUCGCCCGAAUUGAAGACGGCGGAGAGAGAUGUAAGUAUCUCUCAGAGGAGACGAUUAAUAAAUUCGCGGGAAUGAGUAAGGCUGCUCGGAAGAAAAAUUCCGAGUCGAACCGGUUACUAUAGUCCAAACGAGUCUGGACUAGUCGUAGGUUAGACUCCAGUUUUAAGAACUCGGAAACUCGGAUUUCUUAUUCCAAGCCACCUGUGUCAUAUUUAAAAACAGCUUUUAUCAAAAUAAUUCUUCUGCACUAAAAGCGAAAAUACCAGUCCGAUCCGAUCCGAUCCAAUCCGGGGUCCAAUUCGAUCCACAGUCCAAAUCGCGAUCCAAGCCAUCCGAUCCGGUUGUUGUUGACGGCCUGAUCAUGAAGGGCCGACAAAUUGUAAGAACGUGGAAAAGGAAGCGAAAAUGCUUGAAAGGGUAAGGCACCCUAAAAUAGUCGAAUUUCUACGUGUUUGUUCUAAACCACUUGCCAUUAUGAUGGAAUAUGCGUAUGAAUGCUUUGAUUAAAUUUUACGCCAUUUGGUUUUGACCAUCAAGUGUCAUUACAUGAACAAGACCGUCAAUCUGAAUGAAAAGUGAAACUGUGAUUACCGGUAAUUCGGAAAAACUGAUAUUUAUGAAAAAGAAAUUAAAAAUAAAACUUAAAGAAAAAUAAACGAAAAAAAGAAACAAGUUGCAAAAAAGAGAAACGCUAUCCUGGCAUACUUCCCAAUCGAACGCACCCUAUGUGUUUUGAGCAAAAUUAGGCUACUUAUAUGUUACACAUUCGUCUUCCAAUCAGUGACUCACAUUCUCGGCGAAAUUGAUAAAAUAGACGUAAAGUUGACUCUAAGUACGUUCACGAUCUAGUGUUUCUGGACUGCCCUAAUAUGUUAUGACGGAUUGAGAAGUCUAGAGAAAUGUCUAAAAAAAAAAAAAAAAUCAGGUUUAUUUUUGUUUCCUUGUUGUCAUUUUUUUUUUUUUUUUUUUCAUGAAAGGGAACAAUUUCUCACCAACCAAAAAUUACCAGCUUCAUAAGGAGCAAGUCAAAGGAAAAAGGAACCUGACCUUCCGAUAGCAUGAAAUAUUCCGAAAAAACGGAAGAUACUAUUUUAUCUGAAAUCACGCCAUGCAUAAAAAGCAGCUACCAAAACAGUUCCAUUAUAUAUUUCCUUCAUUUUCGGACGUACCAGCAGUUAUACAAGCAUGUCUCCUUUUAUAUUUGAGCACAGCUACUUGGAAUUUAAUCCGAUAUGUUACAGUGGUCAUUCGAUUCGCAUCUUUGAUUUUUAUUAUGCUGCUCCGCUUCCCUAUUUAUCUACAAAACCGUGAAACGAAGGCUAUGUUUAACCUAAAUACAGGUAAAUCAGCCACCGUGAUCCUUAUUUUAUUACAUACACAGUGCUGUAUAUUAUACUGCUUUUUAUAUUACAUUAUUUUACCAAAAUGGAGCAAAGUGUCUCCGGCAUCUUUGUUUUAACAAUUUAAUUUGCGCAUAUCACUGGUCCAAGGCGUGGUGCGCAGGCGUGUUGUGAGCAAGCUUUCACCUUUAGCAUCACAUUUAGUCUCGUUAUGUUAAUGUAUUGUAAAACACAAGUGGAAAAAAUAUGUAUACAUAUGUAUAUAACAAAUGUUGUAAGUAUUGGACGUAACACUAGAUUUCAGACUAAGUAGGCAUGCUUCUCGGUAAUGAUUAUAACUGAUCAGUUUAUAAAGAAUAUUUUUACAGAGUUUGUAAGACCAGUUGUAGGUCCAAGGAAUCACUAUGAAUAUUAUAUUUAAUGUUUAGUUUGAUUUACAUUUUAGAUGUUUUUUUGUUUGUUUGUUUGUUUUGAAAAAUAAAGAUAAUAAUAAUAAAACCUUAUAGGGCUUCGUAUUUUUCGAGUAAAUUAUGAGAAGUGUUAAAACCUUUGAUUUACAUUUGGUUACAUUGUGAACGAGUUGCAGCUUAUACAAAACACAAUUCCAUUCUGUUCCGUUCCAUCCCAUUAAUCCCAGCCCAUCCCGUCCCAUUCCAUUCUACUCUAUUUUUACUUUACUUUUCUAUUCUAUUCUAUUCUAUUCUUGUCCAGUCUAUUCUUUGAUUGGUAAAAAUCAUUAUUGUCCAACCAAGCAUCUCAAAGUUACAAAGAACAGUUAUGCAGACUAGCUAUGCCCGUGGAAAUCGUCAAGCUGCUGUCAUCUUAUACAUCUGUUGUAGUUCCUUUUUUUUUUUGCUCGGUUAAUUUUUUUUUUCCAUUCUUUUUGGGUAUGAUAACGUACAUGUAUGCUAAUGACUUUGAAACAAAGGAGAAAUAAAAAUUAACUGAAAUAAUAAUAAUAAUAAUAAUGAUAAUAAUAAUAAUAAUAAUAAUAAAUGAACGGCAACUCAUCCAUUAGUUAAAAAGUACUCUGUAAGAGCACAUUUUUUUUUUACCAGAUUAGUCAGAAAUUUAUGUCUAGACUUCAUCUUAUCCCUUUCACUGUUGCACUGUGAAAAUUAACUUACUGUCAGACAUUCCAAAGCAUUUUCUGUUACCUUCAGGAAAAAAAGUAAGGUUUAAAACAGCGAGAACUUUCUAUGAGACUUUGCUGACUUUGUUGGUGGAGCUAAUAGAAAUUAAAAAUAAAUGUUUCCAUGUGAAAAAGAAGUGCUCGUUUAUUAUAACGAAUUGUCCGUAACAAGCGGAAAUCCAUAGACCUGGUUUAAUCUGUAAAUUGUUUCUGUGACGCACAGGCUGCGUUAAGAAAGCAAAAUAAUAAUUAUUAUAAUAGAUAUGCGUCAAUGCGACAACAGCGUCUUAUGCCCUCUUACCAUUUUCCCUUCCUUUUUCGACCUUACCUCUAAUAAGCAAGGUAUCAACGCAGUAAACUUUUAAUUAUUUCCGAGUGCGAAAAAAAAGAGAUUUAUUUAACACAUAAUUUUUCAGAAGUUUUUCAUUUCAGUAAACUGCUCCCCGUUUGUUAGUUGGAUUAGCUGUGGUCUUGAGUGAUGACUUCUCGAGCUUCUGUAAACAUGACAAGGUGGUUUCAAAAUGGAAGUAUAUGCCGCAAACGAGAAAUGUACACUAAUAUGAACCUUUGUUGGUUUUCAAGAUAUCUAACUUUAUAAAUACUGCCUCCUGCACAAAUAUAUGGUGAUGUCGCUUUGUUUUCGCAUCCCAAAAUUUAGCAAUAAAUUCUCAAAAAUGUACUCAUGAUGUUACGGAUAAAAUGAGGAUGUGUAACUUCGGGUUAAUCGUAAUAUUACAGCAAUAAACCCUCUGGUCUUCUGAAUAAACACAACAGAUAUUAUUUGGAUAUCAGUAUACAUAUAUAAUUUUUUUUAAGAUCUACAAAAUAGGGGAAUUGAGAGGAAUUCGGGUGUUUGUAAGCUUAUACAAGCUGCACAAUGCAGAAAAAAUAUAUAAACAUAAAAAAGACAACAACAACAACGAAUGUGAAAUAGUCCAAAGAGCGCUUUUUUUUUCGGAAUCUUAACCUUAAUCACUUCCAAUAGUUUUAACGCUUAUGAGCUACAGCGUCCCUUAAGAGCAAGUUUUGUUAGCUGUUUCACUCCUGGUCUUCUGAAUAAACGAAAAGAGUAUGACCGUAAUAUCAGCUGAGACGAGAAGUACACAUCAGUGGAUAUAUAACUGGGCUGAUUACGGCUCUUUAUUGUACGUUUGUGCUAAUACUGUGAACAUUUCGUGCUCUACGGCGGAACAUUAUGAAGUGCUCAGUAAUUUUCAUCCUGCUUGGGUUAUUGGCCCUAACUCAAGCCGAAGAUGACGAAACGAUGGCGUUGGUAAGGUCAUGUAAGACUAUACAAGAUUGUUAUUUAGACGAAUUUCUGAACUUUUUUUUUCGUCCCACCUCAGUUGUUGCUGGCUCUCAUUUGUAUCUCAAUUGUCUUAAAAAAAAGGCCAAAUGACCAAUGAUCCAGGGGUUAAGUUGUAGUAUCCCUUAAGUAACAUAAAUUGUCUUAAGAAAGCUAUUUCAGCACACUGAACAGCCACAAAAAUUAUGGUCGGUUCUUGUUGUUAGUUUUCUUCUUCUUUUAUUUUAAUAAGUGAGAUCACUACAAAGUCUAACUGUACUUUAGGUUAAUAAAUUAACAUAAUCAGCGGUAAAUAUGUCAACCAAAUUGGCCAUUUCUUUUGACCAAUUUAUUCAUUUUGCCCUUUUCGCCUACUGAAUUUACUCUAACUUCAUAAUUAUCUUUUCAUAAUGCAGAAAUUUCUCAACCAGUACCACUACAUCUCGACAUCGAGGUCUGGCAAUCACAAUGUUGAGUUAGCAAUCAGACGUUUUCAGCGAUUCGCUGGUCUCAAAGUAACUGGAAAACUUGAUCGUGCCACCAUCAUGCAGAUGAAAAAACCGCGAUGUGGAUUGCCAGAUGACGAAGAAGAGGGUGGUCGCGUGCGACGAUACACAACUGGUGAUAGUUUUUGGUUAAUUAUUGCAAUUGACGUUAUGUGUUUGCAUAUUGCAACUCGUCUUACCUUAACCGAUACUCUAUUCUUUAAAGGAAAAGAUGAGUGUAUGACAAGGAAAGAAGCUAAAUACGUAUGAGAAAUACAUGAAGUGUCAAGUAUUUGCCCCUUUUAAUUUCAAAAAACGAUAUCAAAAUAAAAGAAAGAAAACUAAAAAGAAUAAAUGAAUAGAAAUAAUCAUCUAACAACAGAGAAGUGUACGUCUCUAGAGAAUUUUUGCUUUUACGACAAUAUGCACUUUUUUAAAUAACGGACAGCCAAAUUUUAUUACAUACUAAAUACAUUUUUUUUGUUUUCAUCCCUAUCAUGCAGGCCCCAAGUGGAGCAAAAAAAGCUUGACUUAUUUUGUCGAGUAUGGUGAAGACCUGAGUCAUGACCAACAGGACAGUAUUUUUCAAAAGGCUUUGCAGUAUUGGUCUGAUGUGUCUGGAUUGUCAUUUAGCACGGCUAGCAGUUCCUCUGCUGCCGACAUCAAAAUAAGGUAGCAAUUGCUUUUACAAAACACAUUUUUUUGGAUGAUGGCGUUUCUAUGUCUUAAUACCUACAAUGACAACAAAUGUAGUCAGUUGUGAUGUAGUUCGUUAUCGACGGUCCGUUUCAUAUUGCUAGCUUCAUCGGGCGAUGAGGUCGACUUUCGGUUAUUAUUAUUAUUAUUAUUAUUAUUAUUAUUACAAGUGAUGCAGGUAAAAGUAAAUUAUAAUUUGUUAUGAGAACAAAAAUAUUUAUAUACAUGUAAAUAUAUAUAAAAUAAACUUAAAGAAUAAUAUCAAAACAGGAGAGUUAAGUCAGCAUGUUUCAGCUGCUUAUUUAAAGUGGGAUUCUAAUUCUUUUACCCUAUAUAAAGCUCCGAGUUUAAACCUUAAAAUAAUUUGAUCAAAAAGGAUUAGCUUUUUCGUCUUUUUCAUUCAAAACGCUUUGUCACGUGACUGAUGACGUCAUGUAGCUCUUUUGGUCAUGAAAAAAAUUAUCAGGUAGAACAUUACUUUCCUGCAAAUUUUCUCUGCCGUUUGAUAAAAGGUUGACUCUCUAAGGCCCCUGGCCUAGUCUCCCGACUUUUUCGCUCAUGUUCAUUACUCCCUUAAAUUUUGAAUACCGGACUUCAACUGAUUAUUUUUAAUUUUACUCGUUAACGGAAUCUUGUCACAGCAACAACAACAACAAAAAAACAGUUCGGAAAUAGUUACGUGACUGAUGACGUCAUUACCUUAGAUGCGACAUGGGAGGAUAUUUUAUGGCAAAAAAUGUCAAAGUUAUAAAGCUUUUUAAAACAAAUGCCUCAAAAGAUUCCGGGAGUUUUUUUUAUGAUAAUUAUGAUUUAGUUUUAUAAUAAUUAAUACUAAUACUCAAAUAUACAUUGCACCACAAUCUUCAAAAACUGAACACUUAUCGCUCUUCAUAAUGAUGCUCGAAACAUCGAAACGUCAAGUAACGCUCUUAAGUUUAAUUUUUCCUGUUAAAUGCUUCAAAAAGCAACUGACUAUUGGAUCUUGCACUGCUUAUUAUUGUGAUUUACUUAUAAUACAGUUUUGGUGCUGCCACUCAUGGCGGUUCAAGUGAAAGCACCUGCCCAUACCCUUUCGAUGGUGAACGUGGAGUUCUGGCGCAUGCGUACUAUCCAUCGGAUGGUCGCGCACACUUUGACGAAGACGAAGAGUUUACUGACAACACCCCACAAGGAAUUAACUUACUUUGGGUCGCCACUCACGAAUUUGGUCACUCACUCGGUAUCGGUCAUUCUAACGUUAAAGGUGCUAUCAUGUACCCUUACUACACAGGGUACGUGGAAGGCAUGGAGCUUCACUCUGAUGACAUUGCUGCAAUCCAGUAUCUUUACGGUAACGUACUGGAAUUUGUUUGUUUGUUUGUGUGUUUUUUCCCCCCUUGCUCAUGUUCAUAUUUUUUACCACUACCUUCAUGCCUUGCGACAGUUGUUCUAUUACUAGACCAUACAUGGUAUCCACGGGGUAAAGAUGUACCCAACAACGAAUCCCUCGAUAUAACAAACAGUUUUCUUUAUCCCAGUGUUAGUAUUAAGGAAAAGAAUCUCGAUAUAACAAAACAUGGUUAUAUAGCAAAAACAUUUGCCAGUCUCUUGGGCGUUCGUUUAGACUAAGAGUAGUCCCCAUUUUUCUUCAGGGAUAUAGUAGAGCGAGCGAAAAGCAAGCGCGCGUUAAGUUUACCUUACGCGAGAAAGGCGAGACGCGGCGGGGAGAGAGAGAAAUGAGGGACUACAGACAAAGCCCAAGCUUUUGACCCUUCAUGGCCGACUGAUUUUGGAGUGUGAAGUUGGUAUCCCCUUCCAAAUCAAUUAAGCGCAUCCAAUGGCAUUCCUUCUCUCAUUGAGCUGUCAUUGCACUUGUCAUCGGUAAACUGCUGGGGAUAUUUAUUUCAAGUAAAAGAAAACCCAGAUACUAAGAUUCUUCGCGGCUGUUUCGCGUGAAGAACUUGAUAGUGAAAAAAAAGGGUGUCGGUAGUUAACACACGACUUUCACCUCAUGCCAAAAUGCAGCUCGUUCCAAUGAUUUUUUUUUUCUCGGACGGGUAGAUUAUGCUCUGGUGGAAAACGUUUUGAUUGAGCAAAUGUGAUUUUUGCCGCUUAUUUCAUACUGUGAGGUCGUGACAAGCAUACUAAUUUUCUGCGGUUAUAAUUAACUCUCUAAUGCAAGAGCAUUUUCUUUGACCUCUUUUGAAAAGUAAAGCUCUUCAAUGUAGCUAAAUGUGUGUUUAGGUUGUUUAAUUUCUCCAAAGUGCCUUCUGGAUCUGAAUAGUUAUAAGUGAUUUUCGAUUUGUCUGUGAAUGUGACGGUUUCCUGCAAUGUUUCGUCACGCUGAACCCAGCUCGUUAGCGUUUUUAGAAGGAUGUUAAAUUCUCACGUAAAUUGUGAUUAUGUCGAGUGUUGAUAGCGGCUGGUGUGUUUUUGACAGAUGUUGACAGAUAGCCACGGAAGAGCCACCAGAGUUUUGCGUUGUGAGAGCAACGUAUAUUAAAGUUCAAAAGCUUGGGCUUUGUCUGCAGUCCCUUAUUUUUCUCACUCCCCGCCGCAUCUCGCCUUUCUCGCGUGGGGUAGUUUUCACUCUCGCUCGCGUUUCUCUCGCUCAUCUAUCCCUGAGGAAAAAUGGGACUACUUGUAGUCUAACAUUCGUUAUAUCUAGGUUUCCACUUCUGCACCACGGUCAUUCGUUUGCUUGUAGAGAACAUGUACAAUUAUAUAAUGUAUAUACAUCCCUGUUCGUGAUCUGAUUUAACAAGAGAAACGUCGGAUAUAUCGUUCUUCUUCCUGUAAAUGGGUAAAUUGAUUUGAAAUGACAGUGGGCUUUAAGGGCACAAGCUUUUAAGUUUCCAAUAAUCCAACAUAGUUUUUUUGCAAAAACUGCACAUUUAAUAAAUCGACAUCAAUAUUAAGUGUCUCUUCUGGAAAAAAAAUAAAUAAAUAAAAAAUAAUCUCCAACAAUUGUAUUAAAUAAUCCCUAAGUACCUAUACGAGGUAUUAAGAAUUGUUAUUGUAUUUAAGUGAAAAUAAGGUCAUUGCUUCCAACAAUGUUAUGAAACAAUACGUUUCUACUCACACAACAGAAUGAUUCUCGAAUUAUCGGGACUCAUGUCAACCUUAAGUUAAGCGUCCUAUAAAAAGUAACUUCUCUCCAUACGCGGUUCUGUAACACCAAGUUAACAUCUGCAUUUAGUAUAGCUUUUAAUAAACGACUUUUUUUUUUCAAGGUACAAGCUAAGCAGUCGUGGCGGUGAAGGAGGUGAGAAUCUGGGAUGAAAUCUGAAAUACUUUUAAGUGAAAAUACAUGCAAAUACAGCUGUUUCGAGAAAGGUUGUCGGAAAAAUUUGCACGCGACAAUCCCGAAAAGUAAUACAGGAUAUGAUCAAUACAGUGCUCCUGACGCAGUAGCUGUCAAAUCCACUUUGGUUACUUUCCUAUAGUUUAGCUCCCGCACGUUCAUGGGCUUUCGUGCUAUUAUUUUAUUUUUCUUUGAAUGAAAAACAGUGUACUCAAAACCACCAACAAUACCUUUGGGGAUUGGCGCGUGCACUUUUUCGUACAACCUUUCUCGAAAUAGCUGUGUGCACAAUGUCACAUCCUCAACGGUUACUCCCGCGAGUGUAUGUCUCCUUUCUUUUUCAUUUAUUUUCUUUUUUAGGCCUGAAGAAAAGGAACCUUUAUUGUUGCUAGUUGCGUAUUUAGUUUAUUGUUUAAUGAGGCCUAAACCAAUUUAUAACUAA